GACAUGAUCCUAUUAGCUCAAUAUUCAAAGGCACAAAACACUACCGUGUUUAUUGCAUGAAUUGGCUUACUUGUUGUAGUCGGUAGAGGCGCAAGUGAAGGCACGACCUUUGCUUGGCACUUGAAGUGGUCGCGACUGGCCAGUGCCAAACCACUGCCCGCAUCUACCUCAUCUGCACCACAACCACCCUCUGUUACUGAGCAUCAGGAUCUCAGCUAUCGCUCGCAAACACCAGCGAGAAUGGCCUCACCAACUAACCUCAACAUCCCCCGGAAACGGGGCUCCAUCUCGUCGCAGUCAGGAAUCGCGAAGAAGCGCAAGCCGUCUAAUCUACGCAAUGCAUUUUCUCCAGACGCCGAAUCUGCCGGUGGUUCGCCACGCCAAUACUCUCGCUCGCCAUCCGUCGAAAGCAACAUCACGACCUCCGUAAUUAACGGUGUAGGAGGAAAGAAGCGGCGCAAGAAGGGCGGUGAUGGCGGCAGCGUGGCAGGUUCAAGCGUAAGAGGAGGCAAAGGCGGCGACAAAGGCGAAGAUGAAGAUGGAGAAGCAGUCGAGGAACCAGAAGACGACGAGGACGAUGAAGGUGAAGAAAUGGGCAUGGAGAUUGAAGGAGGCAUGAGUGUCGAGGCCCGUCGCAAACAAGAGAAGGAAUACGAGCGCAUGCUAGAAGACUUCAUGACGCCUGCGCAAAUGGACCGCUACGCAACUUACCGCCGCAUCCGUCUCAAGCGCGAAACCGUCCGUAAACUCGUCAACCAAACCCUCUCGCAAUCCGUACCCCAGCCCAUCAUCAUCGCCGUAACAUCCUACUCCAAAACCUUCAUCGGCGAACUCAUUGACCGCGCCCUUACCGUUCGCGACGAGUGGUCCGCCGUCCGCACACACCUGCCUAAUCCAAACCUCCCGCCCCAGAUCCUUAGCCAGAGUUUGGGAAGGCCAAGCGCGCAUAUCAAGGAUGAGCGGAAUAAACCUACUAAUUCAGACAUUACAGGCGCGGGUUGGUAUCCGAAUCAGGUCGAUCGGAGUGAAGGUAUCUGGAAAGAAGUGGAAAAGGACGCAAGCCUGCAGGAGAGGUUGAAGGCGUGUGAUAAGGGGCCGCUGACACCUGCGCAUCUCAGGGAGGCCUUGAGGCGAUACAAGCGGGAUCGCGACGGUGGAGGUGCUGGCUUCGCAGGCAUGAGCUUAGAGGGAGUGGAGAGGACUAUGGGCAGGACUGGUGGCAAGCGGCUGUUCAAGUGA